UAAUAGCUAUCAGUUGUUUAAGACCUUUUACGUUGUUGCACGUAUCAUCUGUCGGUGACUUUCAAGUACAUCAAGGCACUCAGCGACAGACGUUUUAACCGUGUAUUCCAAGGUGACUCAGCACGCUGCCAAACAAAAGUUUAAAAAUAGUGAAGAUGUACUUACUACUGCUGUCUGUCGUGCUUGCUGUCUUCGUAUUACUCGUGCUCCUACCAAUGAUUAAAACGAAGAUCUUAGGCCGCAGCAACUCCGGCAACGACAUUCCAGGACUGAAUACCAAAGAUAUCAAACAUGGGAACCUAGAUCUGGUUAAAAAACAUGGCAACCUACACGAGUUCCUUUUGUGGCUACACCAGCAGUAUGGACCCAUAGCAAAGUUCUGGUUUGGAGAACAAAUGGUGGUCAGCAUCGCCUCUCCUCAACUGUUCAAAGAGACUUCGCAUAUGUUCGACAGACCCCCGGUUCUGUAUGAGUUUUUGGUACCCCUUAUAACCAGAAAAUCUAUUCAGGUAACUAACAAGGAAGAGGGGAAAUGGAAAAGGAAAACAUACGACCCCUGCUACAGUCACAGAUACGUAAUGGAGUACAUGCCUGUAUUUCAAAGGCUGGCCGAGGAAAUGGUUGAGGAAUGGUCACGUUUGCCACGAGGUCAACACGUUCCCUGCCGCCAGGAGGUGCUUUUGCUCGCAUUAAAAGCUAUAACUCAGUGUUCUUUUGGAGAUUACAUCCAAGAGGGAGAACAGGUCGUCAAGUUCUGGGAAGCAUUUGAAACAUGCUGGCUCGAUUUUGAUAAAAGACUACGCGGAGAUGAACCAAAUCCUGGGAGUGAGCGUGAGAAAAAAUUUAACGAUGACAUACACCAUAAAAUUUCUAAAUUCAGAAGUUAG